GACGACGAGGAGAUCAACCUCCACUCCAGCACGACCAACCCGUCCUUCUCGCACAACCUCUACCAGCACCACCGCGCGUCCAUGCACCCGGAGGACGAGAGCGUGCGCGGCCAGGCGCUGGCGCUGUACGACUUCGAGCCCGAGAACCCCAACGAGCUCCGCCUGCGCGAGGGCCAGACGGUCAACGUCGCCUACCGCAACGGCCACGGCUGGCUCGUCGCCGAGGACCCCACCAGCGGCGAGCAGGGCCUGGUCCCGGAGGAGUACGUCCGCCUCGUGCGCGAGAUCGAAGGC